AUGGCGGGCACUAAUAGCUACCAGCCGCUUCUCGCGGAUGACGACUUACACGGCUCGGCCUCGGACAACACCUUUACGUCGGGAUAUGCCCGCUGGCAAAGACAGACCAAGAGCUUUCUGUCGUCUAGAGCCAAGCAUUUUGCCAUCUUGGGUCUCGUCGCACUGGACGUGGGUGCUAUCCUAGCCGACAUCUUCAUUGCUCUGGUGUCGUGCGACUUGGGCCAGAAGGAAGAGGAGUGGGUAGAACAGUCCCGCGACGCUCUACAUAUCGUCGGGCUCGUAUUCAGCUGUCUCUUCGUGCUGGAGCUGCUGGUUUCCGUCUGGGCGUUUGGCCACCGAUUCUUCCAUGACUGGUUCCACUGCUUUGAUGCCGUCAUCAUUGUCACGAGCUUUGUCGUCGACGCACUUACCCAUGGAAUUGUAGAAGAAAUUGCAUCGCUCGUGAUUAUCCUUCGGCUCUGGCGCCUCGUCAAGAUCAUUGAGGAGCUCAGUGUUGCGGCAUCGGAGAGGAUGGAAGAGAUUGAAGCCAAGGUAGUUGAACUUGACCAGGAGAACUCGGAUCUCAAGACACAGAUUGAGGUCAUGAGAAACGAACACUGGCGGGGCAACAAUGGCAGCGGGUAG